UUGAAUUUUUUUUGUACAGCCCUAACCUGCUGCAUAUACCAUCCUCUUCCCUGCCACGGCUGCAUUUGCUGCGCCUUCCUUACCGCCGUUGCUGCUUCUGCUGUGCCUUUCCUGCCGCAGCUUCUGCUUCUUCUUCUGUGCCUUUCCUGCCACUUUUAUUCGUUACUGCCGCCUAUAGCUGCCAUCGCAGCUGCUGCUUCGUUCUGUGUUCCUUCCUUCAUCCGCUGCAAUCUUUUGUUCGAGAGAUUUGUCAAUUACUGGCUGCUCCGAACCCCUAGCUGCAGUCGGUGAACUAGCGGGCAGCAAACUAAGAAAUGAAACAUAUUCUUCAUCAACGCCUUACAACCUCCAUAACUCGCUGCUUUUCUGCAUCAUCUGCCACUAAAACCAAAUUACCUAUCCUCUAUGUAAGUAAAGAAAUCAACGACCAACAUCAAGACGAUACCGUAACUCUCCAGCUCCUUUCCUGGGGAAGAGGAUCCUCUGGCCAGCUUGGCGGUGGCAUUGAGGAAAUGAGACUCUACCCAGCUCCAGUCGCAAACCUCAAGAUGUUACCCUCCUCUUAUACGCUCUCUCCAACUUCAGGCCAACUAUUAAAUAAACGAACCAUUACUAGCAAAGAACAAGCUAUUGAAGUUGGGAUUUCUUGUGGAUUAUUUCAUUCUGCAAUGCUUGUGGAUGGUAAUUGUUGGUUAUGGGGAAAAGGAGACGGUGGUCGCUUGGGGUUCGGGCAUGAAAAUCCUGCUUUUCUUCCUACUUCAAACCCUAAUUUGGAUCCUGUUAGGUGUCUUGCUCUUGGUGGGGUCCAUUCUGUAGCCCUAACUUCCGCUGGCCAAGUGUUUACAUGGGGUUAUGGUGGUUUUGGUGCACUGGGGCAUUGUGUUUAUCAUAGAGAACUGUUACCUAGAUUAGUCCAAAGCAUUUCCCAUGAAAAGAUACACCACAUUGCUACUAGUGGCACGCAUACUGCUGCUAUAACUGGAUCAGGGGAGCUCUAUACUUGGGGUAGAGAUGAAGGGGAUGGUAGGUUGGGACUCGGCCCUGAGCGAGGCCCCAAUGAAGGAGGCGGACUUAGUAUUCCUUCCAGAGUAAAAGCAUUAUCAGCUCCUGUUUCUGCUGUUUCCUGCGGUGGCUUCUUCACAAUGGCGCUGACUGAGGAAGGCCAAAUUUGGAAUUGGGGAGCGAACUCCAAUUACGAGCUUGGGAGAGGCGAUAAGCUUGGUGGUUGGAAACCACAGCCAAUUCCUAGCGUUGAAGGUGUCAGUUUUAUUCAGAUAGCAAGCGGUGGAUACCACUCUCUUGCAUUAACUGAUGAAGGCAAAGUUCUUUCAUGGGGAUUCGGUGGGCAUGGUCAGCUUGGCCAUCCUUCAAUGCAAAACCAAAAAGUACCGUUGGUGAUCGAGGCUUUGGCUGACCAACGUGUUGUUUAUAUUGCCUGUGGAGGUUCGACAUCAGCAGCUGUAACCGAUGAGGGGAAGUUGUACAUGUGGGGAAAUGGCAAAGAUUCUCAAUUGGGGGUUCCUGGUCUGCCAGAGUUGCAACCAUGUCCUGUGGAGGUCAAGUUUCUAAUGGAAGACAACGGCUUGGGAUCCCAUAAAGUUCUGUCUGUUGCUAUUGGUGCAUCUCAUGCAAUGUGUUUGGUUUCAAGAUCAAGCCGUUAAAAUACAUCCUAUGGUUCUUAGUUUCGAAGAUCAUCAACUCGAACAAGGAUAGAAUUUUUUGCAACGGAACUUUCGAUAUUGAUGCGUUUCUCUUGAAUGAUCUGAUAGAAGAAUGACUAGCAAAAUGAGGAAAACUGCAUUGAGUUGGACUUAAUUUGUGCAUUUUAAGUGUUCUAUGUAUAAUUAAUUAUUGGUCAGUGUAGUGUAGGUUACGUGAAGAAUUAGGUUUAUAUAAGAAUUUUGUCAUAAUUUAAAUCAAAGAACAAAAAGUUUGUUUA